AUGUUGCAAGGUUUCACCAUCCCCCUGCUCAUCGGCCUUGGUUCAGAAUUCAUCUGGGGCUUCAACCUUCUGCUCCCAUUCCCUCUGAACCAGCCCGGCAUCCUACUCGCACGUCUGACAUACACCCCAUACGGAAGGACAGUGGUGCACACAAUAGCCGCCAUCCUUGUCCUGGCUCUGGUCAGCCCCGUCUGGGAUGCGUAUCGCUUGUCCACAGAGGCUCAGCCUCAGAUUGCAUCUGCUGCGACCAAUGUGCAAGUCAGUGACCAGGAGGCCAAGACCCAGUUGAGUAUGGUGCUGAUGCUGGGGUCGCUUGGCAACCUUUUCUUCCUACGCUGCUUGGGACGCGUAAUGGGAGACCUCUCCGACCUACAGACGAAGUACGGCUUGAGCACACGUGGACCUUACAAGCGUGACACAGUGAACAACGUCACUGAGCCUGAGCUUGAGGACCGGCUGCCGGCAGAGCCCGUGCAGGACAGGCAGGAGGAGCUUGUGGUUGAGGAGGUGGCACCAGUCCUCAUCGAGGAGGUCAUCCUCGAGGAGCCGAGAAAGGAUCUGUGA